ACUCCAGCAAUUCGGAUGCGGAUUUCGUCCUCUCCGAAAUUACCUGCUUUAAAAGCCUUCACCUCACGCUGGUCAUUUACCCGCUUCCGUUCCACACUUUCAUCUCCUACGUCUGCGGCUUCUCAUCCACGAUGUCCUCCGUUAUUGUCUUCGGCCCAACAGGCAGCGUCGGCUCAUUCGUAGCACGCACUGCACAGGAAAAUGGCGCCACGGUCUUCCUCGCCAUGCGCGACACCCAGAAAGCCAUCCCAGGGCUCACGGCAGAGCAAGAAAAGGUCAACCGCUAUAAGAGAGUCCAAGCAGACUUGACCGACCCCGACUCUGUCGCUGCAGCUAUCAAAGAUUCCGGCGCAAAGCGUGCCUUCAUCUACAGGGCACAUACAACCAAGGACCAUAUGCGCGGCACCCUGACCGCGCUCAAGGAAGCCGGCGUGGAGUUUGUGGUUUUCCUCUCCAGCUAUACCAUCGUCGGGGAGCCGCGGGAUGUCGAGCCAAGUGAUCUGAUCCCCUUCAUCCAUGCGCAGGUCGAGAUUGCGCUAGAUGAGAUAUUUGGACCGGAGAAUUAUGUCGCCUUGCGACCUGGUGGGUUUGCGACGAACCUGCUGCGGUUCAAGAAGGGCAUUAACGAUGGCGCGGUGGAUCUGCUGUCGUCGGAGUUCAAGUUGGAUUGCAUCACGCCCGGUGAUAUGGGCGCUGUGGGUGGAAAUAUACUGGUCAAUGGGCCUCGUAACGGGCAGCGCAAGGUGUACCUUUAUGGCCCUCAAAUCCUGGGGCAGGCAGAGGCCAUUCAGGCCAUUGGCAAGGUUCUCGGCAAGUCGGUUACGAUCGGGUCUCAGACCGAGCAGGAGGCUCUGGAUGGGUUUGUCCAGGCUGGUAUUCCAAAGCCAGUGGCUGAGUACAUGGUCAAGAAGCUUGGGACUGCUACUGCCGGCGAAGGCCGUGCUCACUAUAAUGAGGGUGUGCAGAACGUGCAGCUGUACACGGGCAAGCCAUCUCAGUCUUUGGAAGAAUGGGUGGGGGAAAACAAGGCACUGUUUGCUUAAUUAACGAGAACGUG